UUUUAGGCAGAGAUUUUCUGGACUAGCUUCGUACCGACCUCUCUCAAACUCUCGCCAUGGCUUCUCUUGACGAACUCUGGGGUAAACUCAGUGGGUCUGCUGACUGCAAAUCCCUUCUGAAAAAACAUCUAACCAAGGAACGCUAUGAGGCGCUCAAGGAUAAAAAGACGUCAUUUGGAGGUACCCUUGCAGAGUGCAUCCGAUCAGGCUGCCUUAACCUCGACAGCGGUGUCGGAAUCUACGCCUGCGACCCCGAGGGCUACACCGUCUUCGCCGAAGUCCUCGAUGCGGUCAUCAAGGACUACCACAAGGUCGAGAAGCUUGACCACCCGGAGCCAGACAUGGGUGACCUUGACAAGCUGAACUUCGGCGACCUUGACCCAUCCGGCGAAUACAUCGUGUCCACCCGCGUCCGUGUCGGCAGGAGCCACGACAAGUAUGGCUUCCCACCUGUCCUUACCAAACAGGAGCGCCUGAAGAUGGAGGAAGACACCAAGGCCGCCUUCGAGAAGUUCACUGGCGAACUGGCUGGCAAGUACUUCCCUCUGGAGGGCAUGUCCAAGGAGGACCAGAAACAGAUGACAGAGGACCACUUUCUCUUCAAGGAUGACGACAGAUUCUUGAGGGACGCCGGUGGCUACAACGACUGGUGCUCAGGCAGAGGCAUCUUCUUCAACAGCGCCAAGAAUUUCCUUGUGUGGGUGAACGAAGAGGACCAUCUCCGUCUCAUCUCCAUGCAGAAGGGCGGCGACUUGGCCGCAGUGUACAAGAGGCUCGUGGUGGCCAUCAAGACAAUGACCUCCAGUGGUCUGUCCUUCGCCAAACGUGAAGGUCUGGGCUACCUGACAUUCUGCCCUAGCAACUUGGGCACAGCUCUCCGUGCCUCUGUGCACAUGAAGAUCCCCAAUCUGGCCGCUCAGCCUGACUUCAAGGAAUUCUGUGAUGGAUUUCACAUCCAAGCUAGAGGUAUCCAUGGCGAGCAUACCGAGAGUGUCGGAGGAGUGUACGAUCUGUCCAACAAGCGUCGUCUUGGCCUUACUGAGUACCAGGCCGUGGAGGAGAUGCGUAAGGGAGUGGAGGCGUGUCUUGCCAAAGAGAAGGAACUUGCCGCCAAGAAGUAUGACAAACUCAAGGAUCUAAAGACGGAUCUCGGAGGAACUCUGGCAGACUGUAUUCGAUCAGGCUGCCUUAACCCCGACAGCGUGGUCGGUAUCUACGUCUGCGACCCCGAGGGCUACACCGUCUUCGCCGAGGUCCUCGAUGCGGUCAUCAAGGACUACCACAAGGUCGAGAAGCUUGACCACCCGGAGCCAGACGUGGGUGACCUUGACGAGCUGGACUUCGGCGACCUUGACCCAUCCGGCGACUACAUCGUCUCCACCCGCGUCCGAGUCUGCAGGAGCCACGACUUCUUUGGAUUCCCACCCGUCCUUACCAAACCGAUACACGCGGUAUAUUCAGAUUACAAGGCAAAAGUCGAGAUGGCAUCUGGAAAUACCCCAGCCGGCAACGCUGACUUACAAGCAUUGUGGGAAAGGCUUUCGAAAGCGUCCCCGGAUACCUGCAAGUCCCUGUUGAAAAAACAUUUAACCCAAGAAAGGUAUGACAAACUCAAGGAUCUAAAGACGGAUCUCGGAGGAACUCUGGCAGACUGUAUUCGAUCAGGAUGCAAGAACCUGGAGAGCGGUGUCGGUAUCUACGCCUGCGACCCCAAAGCUUACACCGUCUUCGGCGAGGUCUUCGAAGCUGUCAUCAAAGACUACCACAAGGUUGAUGGGCUUAUCCACCCAGAGCCAAACAUGGGUAGCAAGGAGCAGCUGGAGUUCGCUGACCUUGACCCAUCUGGCGACUACAUCGUCUCCACCCGCGUCCGUGUCGGCAGGAGCCACGACAAGUAUGGCUUCCCACCCGUCCUUACCAAACAAGAUCGUCUGAAGAUGGAGGAAGACACCAAGGCCGCCUUCGAGAAGUUCUCUGGUGAGCUGGCUGGCAAGUACUACCCUCUCGAGGGCAUGAAGAAAGAGGACCAGACACAGUUGGUUGCGGACCAUUUCCUCUUCAAGGACGAUGACAGGUUUUUGAGAGAUGCCAGCGGCUACGACGACUGGCCUUCUGGAAGAGGCAUCUUCCACAACAACGACAAGACCUUCCUUGUGUGGGUGAACGAGGAGGACCAUCUCCGUCUCAUAUCCAUGCAGAAGGGCGGCGACUUGGGAGCCGUCUACAGAAGGCUGGUGGCGGCUAUCAGGACAAUGGAGGGAAGUGGUCUGUCAUUUGCCAAAAAGAAAGGCCUGGGCAACUUGACCUUCUGCCCCUCCAACUUGGGCACAGCUCUCCGUGCCUCCGUGCACAUGAAGAUCCCCAAUCUGGCCGCUCAGCCUGACUUCAAGGAAUUCUGUGAGAAACUCCACAUCCAACCAAGAGGCAUCCACGGCGAGCACACGGAGAGCGUGGGCGGCGUCUACGACCUCUCCAACAAACGUCGUCUUGGUCUGACGGAGUUCGAGGCUGUCGAUGAGAUGCGGAAAGGCGUUGUGGCAUGCCUGGAGAAAGAGAAAGAACUAGCAGCGGCCAAGAAGUAGACCUACCCAACUGACAUUCCAAUAUGAAUCGCCAACUUGUAUAUAAAUAUAUCACUGAGUGCGUGUGAAGCUUGUAUCUCGAAAUAGUCUUACAGAAAGUCGAAUCCUGAAUAUUCGGAAGAAUUUCCCAAAUAGGGAUACCACUUCCGGCAUCACAACGGCAUUACACGGGAUGUGGAAGAGCACGAUGUUCCGUUGACAUCAACACCGAUGGUGAUUUGGCCUUUGUACAGUUGGAGAACCUUGGUCAGUGCUUGUUAAUGGAUCACAUUUAACUUGACUCCGGAUGAUAUCUCAGAGCUGUAAUACUUCAAUACAUCCAGACCGUCUUCGGUGUCUUUACCAAGUGCUAAAUGUUCAGGUUUCCAGACCAGUUGGUUGACCAGUCUUGUCCACUCUUCUUCCAUGGGACCAAAUUCUGAGAGCGUUUUUCCAUUCCAAUGUGAUUAUCAACAAGGAUUGUAUUCAUGCCGAGUAUAAAUUAACAAUAAAACAUUGUUAUGUA